AUGUCGAGGCCUCGAACAAGGAAUCAACGUAGCUUGGAAAUAAUCAACAAUGCCCGAUGGCCGUACGAGUACGACGAGUGUAUGAUCGACGCGGCUGCAACAUUUGCUUCGGAGGUUGAAACAUUGGAGGACCCCGAGGUGUAUGAAGAAUGCUUGUUCGAAGUCUACAUCACUUUGUGCUUCCAAUUCUCACGUAACUUCGACGACAUUGCUACGAAGUGUAGGAUGAACAGGCUUAGGAACCGGUACUUUGCCUUCAAAGAUUACAUUGCACAGGACGGAGUAACCUACGAUGUUCGAACGGGGUCGUUGACGGUGGACAGGAGCAUGUGGCCACUGGAUCGAAAGGAGACGGAGGAAGAGAGGACCUUUAGAAUCAACCGGUUUCCAUUAUACGAAGAUUGCCACUUCGUGUUUGACGUGAAACAGGCCCCGGAAGUCAACUUUCGCGGGCUCGUGGGAUAUGAUCCAGAACUUCCGCUCGUCAUCGGUAAUGACGUGGCUGAUGACGGAGUUGUUGCUCCUCAGGUUGUUGCUCCUCAGCCAAAUCCACCCCAAGUUGUGGAUCCCCACUAUGCGAUCUACUUAGACGAUCUCUACGAUCGAAUCCGAAACGAAGGUCGUGGGAACGUUGCUAACAACAACAACGCAAAUGAAGAGGCUGGGAAUGAAGGUAACGAACCAGCCGUCAGUUUCAGUGACGACAUUGAAGAAGCAAAUGACUCGGACGGUAUGGUACAAACCCCAUUGCAUAUUGCUGCUAGUGUCAAUAAAAUUGAGAUAAUGAAGUAUUUGCUUAACUGGGAAGGACCGGGGAAAGUGGAGUUAGAAGCUAAGAAUGUGCCAUUGUAUGCACAGUACGGCGAGACUCCAUUGCACACUGCAGCUAAGAAUGGAUGCAACGAGGCGGCCAAGUUGCUUCUCGACUCUGGUGUCAAUAUUGAAGCAAGAACAAACAACUCGAUGACUCCAUUACAUCUUGCAGUUGGUUAUGCACUUCGAUCUGGAGACAACUCGACUGUGAAAACGUUAUCAGAAUAUAAUGCCGAUUGUUCCGCCAAAGACCAUGAGGGUAUGAUUCCUUUCAACUAUCUCCCGAUAGGCCUACAAAACGAAGAAUUGGUGAAAAUUCUGAGAAUUAAUGUUCCAGAUCAAACUGAUGAUUCUGCAAAACUGGAUGAAAUUGGAAUAGAAAAAAAGAUGGAAGAGUUCCAUCAAGAACUAGCGAAGAUAGUGGGAUUGCAUGAGCUUAAAUUGCAGCUCAAAAAAUGGGCAAAGGGAAUGCUCAUGGAUGAGAAACGCCGAGCAGCGGGGAUAAAUCUUGGACCCAGAAAAGCACCUCACAUGGCAUUUCUUGGAAACCCCGGGACAGGUAAGACCUCUGUAGCGCGAAUUUUAGGCAAACUACUUAAGUCUGUUGGUGUACUCUCUUCAGACAAGGUAAUUGAAGUACAAAGAACAGAUUUGGUAGGAGAGUAUACUGGACAAACUGGACCGAAAACUAGAAAAAAGAUCGAAGAGGCCAUGGGGGGGACUUUGUUCGUCGAUGAAGCAUAUCGUUUAGUACCUGAGAAGAACGAUUCCCAAGACUUUGGCGUGGAGGCAUUGGAAGAGAUCAUGUCUGUUUUGGAAGAUGGGAAUAUCGUGGUAAUUUUUGCAGGCUAUACCGAGCCGAUGAAGCGUGUUUUCUCUUCAAAUCAAGGAUUCUGCAGAAGAGUGACUCACUUUUUUCAGUUUGAAGAUUUUACAUGCAAAGAUCUUGCAGAGAUGCUGAUGAUAAAGAUGACCAAGCAAAAUGAGAAGAGCGCGUUGUACGGAUUUAAGCUGCAUCCUUCGUGUACCCAUGACAUUGUUCUCAAAGUGAUAGAGAAUAACUCCACAGAGAAGUUGCGCAAUAAAAUGAACGGAGGUCUGGUGGAUCACAUGCUAAAUAAUGCUAGGGAAAAUCUGGAUUCGAGGCUCAAUUUUAACUCUAAAGGUGAUGAACUAUUUACAAUCACAUCAAGUGAUUUGGAGGCUGGACUUAAAAUGUUAUCACAACAAGCGAAUGUCGACUGAGAUAGGAAGAAUAUAAGAACAUCAAGACGUAAAAGGAGACAUGUUCGAUUGUGU